CGCGAUACAUUUGCUCAGCUAGCAUCUGUUCAGCACUGCCUGUCGCCAACAGCAGCCUAAACACUGACAUUGCAGUAACAGACUGUCAUGGUUCCAGCCAUGCGUUCCACCAAAACGUUGCUGCUGAUGUCUUGUUUUACCUACCACUGUGGUGCCACUUGUACGUGGCCUUUCCUCGGCAACUUAACGGUGAAUGAUGCCAAAUCGCCACAAGUUGUCAUGAAUUGCCUGAGGAAAUGCCUUCAAAGAUCCUGCACCUCUGUCAGUGUAACCUCUUCGGGCUGCAAGAUGGCAGCAACAUCCAAUCCACUGGAACUUGGUAUUGCACGGGUUCCGUCUCGUCUCGCGGGGGCGUGUCAGGAUCACCCAUGCGCACCCGGCACAACGUGUGAACCACACCCAAACGGAGCAUAUCAAUGCACCAAGAGGAAGGACACCCCACGCUGCAGCAAUAACUUCCAUAAGACUCCAAAGUGCAAGUUCCCGGACCAGGUUAACAUUAGGACGGUGCCGAAAGUCAACUUAAACGUUUGCGGGGAUUUAUGUGUUAACCACACUCAAUUCUUAUGUGGUGGAUUCGUGUAUGCUACCCGUUAUCUCUUGUGCCGCCUGUUCCCUCAUCACAAAAACCUGCUGGAUUUAUCCUGUACCAAGAACAUUAUAUAUGAUUCAUAUAGACGCGAUUGUUAUUUUGUGUAAAUAUUUCUUAAGGCUUAAGUAGGCCUUGACGAACAUCAUGCGGAAGGACCGGUUCAAUUCCACACGUGUGCAAUAUGUGAAGCAUUUUUGGUGUCAAACGCCGUGAUAUUGGUGGUUGGUUGGUGUGUUUUAACGCCGCACUCAGGAAUAUUCCAGCUAUAUGACGGCGGUCUGUAAAUAAUCGAGUCUGGGCCAGACAAUCCAGU